ACUCUGCUACUGUCAACAGUAGCGGCGGAAACCUCCGAGCUGUCACGACAAGCGUCCGUCUGUCUCGGUGCCUCAGCCCACAGUCAUGCCAUCCAGCUCCAUACUUAACUUAAGGAAAUUCAUCAGUAAUUAAGUUGCUGUUUUGGGGACUUUGUCGAGAGUUGAACGGAGGCGACAUGUGUCUGCUUUAACCCGCUCUUGGUGAUCGUGAGCGGCUGAGGAGAAGACUAUCGUUUCCUGGCAGAGAAUUUGACAGUUAGUUCAACCGCUUGGCUGUUUGGUUGGACGGCGUGGUGUUUUUGUUCAACUGCGACAGACCUCACAACAUAACGAGACAGCCACAGCUUCCCUUUCUGUCGUCUUCUGCCGCCCUUUUCAGCAGCAUGAGCUAGUUACUGCACGGCUGUAAUCCUGUCCCCGGCCAACUAUACCAGAAGGCUAGUUCAGACUUUCAUCAGUCAUGUCUCGUAGGAGUUCUCGCCUGGUGUCCGGCGGCUACUACAAUUCAGAUGAAGAAUCAGACUCAAGUAGUGUGACAAACAUAUCCUACCGUGAAAACCCUGUCAAGGUUUUCAAGAAGAAGGCAGGGACCCGCAAGGCCGGCUCCCGUACAUCCAGCAGAGCCAACAGCAAUGCUAGUUCACCCAGCCCCAAUACACCGGUCACUGCAGGCCAGACUGUUGGCCUGAGUCCCUCUCCCUUGGCCAGCGAAACCGAGCCGAUCAUGAGGACCGUACCCUAUGUUUCCACCACAGCCACCCCUCGGCCUGCCCUGACCCCAUCAUCAGCCCGGAGUCAGACGCCCACAUGCUGCCCCUCAGUACCUCCAGAGAAGAGCCCAUACGCUGGGCUCUGCAGCUCCAGCAGGCCAGGAUUACACCUGAGGCCCAACCACAAGGAGCUGAGUCAGAGUGCAGUGGACAGCUCGGGGUACUCGUCCUCUGAGGGUACUUACAGGAAGCCCAUAGUUGCCCCCAGCAGUACCAGAAGAAUGAGCAGUAGCAGCGGUGCUCCCAGCUCUGGGUACAGAGACAAAAUCAGUGGAGCCUUCUUCAGACUGAUGGACUCAGCCUCAUUAAUGGCUGUUGCAGCACAGUCAAAAGUAAUGCAUCUGGCAGCUUUAGCAGCUAAUGCUCCAUUCAGCAGUCGCAUGAAGAAGGCUUGUGGUCUGUUUCUCCUCCUCCUCCUUAUUCUUCUAUGUAUUUGGUUUCUCCUUCCCUUAUUGACCUCUUUCAUCUCCCGCAUGAGUGUCACAAAGACCCCGUCCCAGACAAAACCUCAGAGUCAACCUGUUAUCCCUGCCAGUCCUAAACCUCAACCCAACAUCAUUCAUCAUGCACCUGUGGUGGAUCCAGCUGUUAUGUCUGCUGCUGUAGAGGCAAAACUGCGGCAUGUUUUGUUGGAGCUGCAGCUGAAGCAAGAACAGCUUCUUUCCCAGAUGAAGGAGCAAAUAAAUCUGGACAUUCAGGGUAUGAAAGCUAGGCUACAGGCUGUGGACUCGGACAGUCGGCUGCGUCUGGAGCAGGAGGUUGCUGGGCUGGGCAGGCAGAUGGCGGAUUAUCAGACAGACAGCCGCUCUACUGCUGCCAGCCUCAGCCUCAGGAUCCAAGCUUUGGAGGCCCAGAAUGCCAAGCUGUCCCAGGAGUUGUCAUCCAUCCAGCUGAUGCCUCCUCCAGCCCCCUCUCCUGACACCAACACUGCCCCUGUCCACAACCAUCUAACCCCAGAGCUUCAACAGGUCAUGGAGAAGUGGCUCACUGACCGCAUCAAGGAGCAGGAUGUACUCAGGCUUGGUGACAAAGGAAGCAGCACAGACUUUAUGCAUCCAAUGGCUGACAAAAUGGCCGACUUUGCCCUGGAGACUCAAGGUGCCAGUGUGAUCAGUACCAGGUGUUCGGAGACGUAUCGUAUUCGUUCUGCAUGCGUGACCCUGUUUGGUUUCCCUCUUUGGUACCCAUCUGAAAGCCCACGCACUGUUAUUCAGGGUUAUCCAGUACUGCUACCAGGGAAGUGUUGGGCAUUUCACGGUGUCCAGGGAACUCUUGUCAUCUCUCUUUCCCACCCUGUGAGGAUAACUCAUGUGACGCUGGACCACCUGCCACGCUACAACUCUCCCACUGGCCGCAUCGACUCCGCGCCCAAAGACUUUGAAGUCUAUGGAAUGAAAAACGACACAGAAGAAGGAACACUGCUGGGCACAUUCACCUACGAUGAGAAUGGAGAGUCGACACAGACAUUUAAGCUGCCUAACCCCAGUGACGAGGUUUAUAGAGUUGUGGAGCUGCGUGUCCUCAGUAACUGGGGCCAUGUUGAAUACACGUGUCUGUACCGCUUCCGUGUGCACGGAAAGAUCGCCUCCACAUGAGAUCCUCUGACUGCAAAGUGACGGCUCAUUCCAACAUAUCAGAACGUACAUUUGUAGCGUACGCUUUCUUUAAAAGUAAAAUUCAAAUUGGUGAUCUGAUGUGUUUUCAGGCCAAAUGCUACUGAAAAAAUGUUCGGAGUUGACUAAUGUCACUCCUGUGUGUCAGCUAGUCUUGCUGUGCUUUGGACUGCUUAAUAUUAAAGUGACAGAAAUAAUAGGAGGUUUUUUAUGCACAUUUUAAAGUGCACAGUUGAACAGAAUGAAGAACCAAAAGUCUGCCUAGUAAAACCAUUUGGGAGUAUAGAGUUCUGGAAACUUUAUGCUUUCAGUCAUAUGAGCGUGCCACAAAAUAAUUUAAACAUUUUUGUUAUUAUUGAUUAUGAUUGCUAUUUAUCAGGUAUUUCCUGCCUCACAUUCAUACAGCGCACAAUCCCACCUGGGAGAUCCCCAGUAAAACAUAUUUCUUUAUAUUUUGCCAAUGAGAAGCUUCACUGGAGCAGUUGAGUGUUAAACACAGUCCUCCAUGGUACUUAAAUGAAUGAAAGGAGGGGAGGAGUUUCUCAUUCACUUUACUGACCCAGAUUUAAACAGAUGGUCCUGGGAUUUGAACCAGCAGCAUCAGAGCUUUCUGCCACAACACAUAAGUGAAGUGACAUUAACAAAGUUAGAAAAGCUUUUUUCUAAAUUGCUCAGUCCGUUUUUGGGCAGUAAAUAAAUUUUGAUUUGAGCUGUAAUUAACAAUUAUUUUCUAAUCCGAUAUGCCAAGUAUAUUCUCCAUUAAUUGUCAAAAAAAAGUCAAAAUGCCCUUUAAAAUUUCCCAGAGCUUUGAGUGACAUCUGCAUGUCUUUUCAAACCCAAAGAUAUUCAGUUUACUGUCAUGCACAACAAAGAAAAGUAUCAAAUCCUUUAAUUUGAGAAGCUGGAACGGUCAACUUUUUGACAUCUCUGCUUAAAAAAAGUAUAUAAUUUGUUUAUCAGAGUAGUUGGCUAUUAAUUUUAUGGUUAUCAACUAAUCAGUUAAUCAUUGCAGCUCAAACUUCAGUAUUUAAUAUCUUUGUUGCCAAUCAGUAUUGUUUGUUGUUGGUAAAUUUGAAAGGCAAAUAUGCAGCGUCAUAGUGUUUCUUUUGUUUUCUAUUUUAGCAAGAUUUGACUCAUCAAUUUAGGUUUUAUUACCAGUACUUGAAUACUUGAAAACCUCUCUCUCUAACCUCUUUGAAAGGCGUCAUGUUGACUCCAUGAUGUGUUUCUGCUUCCCUGUACAUAACACUUAGAUUUUGUAUGAGCUACUCAACCAGGAAAGAAAGGUUUUAUUUAUUUGUAAAAUGAGAAUAUUCAUUUUUGAGUUCAUGUGUUCUUUUUUAAUAGGUUCGGCUUGACAGUACUGUUUAAUUACUUCUCAACAUGCUAGACAGGUGUAAAAUCAUCAGUUUACUAUUCAAAAUCUCUAAAUACCUGUUCACACAACGACAAAGCUGCACACGACAGAUGUGUGCACGACAGUGUUCAGUCAUUUCCCAUGUAUUUUUUGUUUGUUCUUUGUUGUUUGGUGUAGAAAAUAUUUGUUCUUAUUAUGAAGUGCACUAGAGGUGAAUCCAGGUAUAAUCCACCAUUUCUCACUGAUUUCCUUUAUUAAAUAUAAACUAGUCUUAGAGAUGUACAAAAUUAUACAUAGGAAUUAUCUACAGUAUUUGAUAAAGGAUGAACAGUCAGUUGGCAGUUUACUGGGAACAGUACAGCGUUACACACAGAUCUUAAGCCUACCUUCACUGGUGUAAGUGGGGUGAACAGUUCAACUGCAUCAGGGAAUACAUUGUCCAAAAAGGCCGUACAAAAGAAACAACACCUCUCUGAAGCACAUUAUAGAACAUUACAGAACAUUAUAACCUUCAUGAAGGAGGAUUUAUUAGACUGCAUUAGUUAGAGAUAAGUGUACCUAAUAAACUACUAACUGACUAUUUUCUUUUGAAGAGUAGACCGAAACAUUUUGAUAUAAUUUGUGCUGGUAACAUGAGUUAAUAAUCAUAGUGCAUUGCUUUUUGUAUUUAAACUGGUGAUUGUAUUUCGUACAAGGAUUUUUUAUUUACAAUUUGUCCUUUAAAACUUUGAUUAUGUAUAACCGUGAAUUAUGAUUUGCAGCAUGUAGGAAUCUGUGGGACAUCCUCCUGGUAGAAGCACUUUUAUUUAAUACAUUGAAUUGAAUCUUGAUUGGUUUUUGAGAUGCAGAUCAGGUCAAAUGUGUAUUAUUGUACAUGGUACACAGUACAAUGUGUAUAUAAUGUAUAAUGUCUCCUAGAUUUGGAGAGAAAAAGAUUUUCUUUCACAUAUUUUACCAAAACAAGACGAAAUAAUUGUUUGCAUAUUUGAAAGCUGUUGAACAGCCUGUACAGUCCUAAUGCUGGUACCUUUGUGUGUAUAUGCUCUCUCCUAAACACACACAUUCAGACUCUGCAAUUCCUGUGUGUAAAGCCAUACGAGCAACAAGGAGAACAACGCUAAUGCUUAUCAGAGUUAAUCAAGUUCAUCCUCUCCAUGUACAUCUGAUGAAAAGACAACUUAAACAAUACAUUUAGAGGUUUAAUGCCAUUACUUCUAAUUUUUUUUUCUCCUUACAUACAUUUCUCCUGAUUUUUAUCAGAUACAGCCUAAGGAGUUCUAUAGGGUAUUUGACUACCAAUGCCUACGUGUAAGCCAAACUGGGAUGUUUGAUUUAUCAAAUAAAACAUUGUAAUAUA